GGCGGCGAGCGAGCGAGCGAGCGAGCAAGCAAGCAAGCAGGCAGGCAGGCAAGUAGCGUUACACUGCUUACCACUGGCACGGCACGGCGACGACGACGGCGCCUGCUACCACUACGGCUGCGAAGAAAAAGAACGAACUACUUUAUUAGCACUAGAUCCGUGUGUCUGAUCUCCGCGACCUGGCCUCAACGCUGUGCUCAGGAUCUACUGUAAAGAACGCACAUGAGAAGGCACCGCAGCACAAGCAAAUCAGGCGAGAGCGCAGGCAUCUACUGUUGCUAACAGCACGAAACAGAACGAAGCAUUGAGAUACCGUACGACUGCUAUCGUAGCUGUGACCAUCCCAAGAAGCUGACGAUAACAAAGACUGGCUGGCAGACCCAGUGCAGGCCAGCAAAGGCCAACGAGCAGUCAGCCAAAAACCCUGCGACCGCACAGAUCACUGAGUACGAGAGCGAGUGGCAAAUGCGUGUUAGAAAGCAACGAACUAUCAUUGUUUGAUGCCAGCAUACAUUGCUAGCACGUAGAGAGGCCAGUUCGCACAAAAUUUUCAUGAAUUCGUUUUAAGUGCACGAUCACAAGAUCCAAUGAGUAAACGGUAAUUUUGCUACCUUCCAUGAAUUCAGCUGGCCAAACACUGUCGUAUCGUUCAAUGCAGACGAUGUUAUGUCAAUACGGUUGUUCUCAGCGGACGCUCGAAAGCAAAAAUAUCAAAUUCUUAAAAGUGGUACAAUAAAGGAAGACGUGGUCAACGCAAAAAAAACACGGAUGUGAUUGUCGUCGUUUCAUUAUUACCAGUAUUAUUAUUAUUAUUAUCAUCAUCAUAAUCAUAUCACACAUCAGAACGAAAGGCAUCAAGUAAAAACACGUGAAUGUUUAUGAUGGGUGGACAUCGUCGCGCUGAAAAGGUGACACGUUUUGAAAGUGAAGACGGUGAAUUCGCGUGAAAAUGAAAUACUGACAAUUUUUGUUUGCUGGUAGUAUACUGCUGAUCGGCACCUCAUCGGAUGGUAGUUCCGAACAGUCGCUGAAGGCAGGCGAACGCGGUUCAUCUAAGCGAUGACUAAAGGAUCAUCUAUCAAACGUUAUUAUGUUAAAGUAGUUUAUCUCGACGACGUGUUAAAUCGUCUCUGAGUAGAAUAGUUGUAUCGGAGUCUGAGCUACGCUUAGCGAGCACAUCGUUCGGCCCCCACGCGCCUCCGAGUAGCCGCUCCAAGUGUCAUGGCUAGUGGCGGAAACAUAGAAAGGGUGAAGAAGUUGCCAAACUCUCCAAGGAGAUAUGUAUCGAGUUGAGUGUGUUCAACUUGGAUAUGAUUAUGGUUGUUAUCAUUAACAACAACGACGAUAUCGUUUAAAGUCGUUACCUUUGACUUGUUACCAUAGCUCUAUCUGGUAGGACACCGUGAAGAAUAGAACUAAAGCAUUAUUCACCUCAGCAACCUUCUGCGACAACGCUUGAUGACGACAGAAUCCUCGUUAUCUUUAGAGAAACGUUGAAGCUCAACUUUCGACGCCCGAUUUUACCACGUACAAUAAUCGAAAAGUGAAAGCAGUGGUGGCGAUCUUGCUCCAUUGACGUCCAAGUUACCAAAACAAGGGACGAAGCAAAAGAAGUUGACAAAAGCGUUGUUGGUCUACCAUACAUAGUUAACAGCAGCGUUGGCCAACCAGUGGAGCCUUAACUUCAAUCUUUUAUUAAUGAUCGCGCUGAAAAAGGCCUUACGCAACAGUAGAGUUAUGUUGGUAGCAGAUUGACAUAGCCAGCUGCUAUAGGCUGUGCUAUCAAAUAAACAAAUAGCGCUUGGUCACUCAAUACCCAAUGCAAGUAUCGAAGGUGUUUAGGCGAAUCCACGACGGCAGCGGCAGCGUUAACAACAACAACGGAUUACACAUGCGACCACCGUUACCCCACUCGCAACAGCAGUCGCAGUCGAUGACCGUUUAAGUUUCGCUCUACUGAGUCCUAGCUAAAGAAACGUUUGACAGCUGAAUCACGUCCGUAUAGAGCCGAGGAAUAAUCAGAUGAAUAAUGAAGUGUGUUUCUGUUAAUCCCCUAUUUGGAUUUCGAACCGAGUAGCAAGGACGACUAGAUCACUCAGCUUCAAAAAUAUCAACACGUUCUUGACAAUAUUACGUCAAUCGACUGAUAGGAAACGACAGGACCAGUUCAGUCUUGGCGCGUCGAUCACGAUCCAUUGUCACUGCUUACACAGAAAAAGCUGCGUGUGUCUGUCCAGGUGAAGUCGACAAGUCGAACUUAGCAUUGACUUAGGCUUGGUGAAAAUUUACGGAAGCCGCCGCCUCUGGCGAGCAGGCAGAGCUAGACGACAGCUGUUCGCAAUAAAGACGGCAACGACCGCGUGACAAACACGCGCCACAACGGCUGCGAAGCCGGCGACUCCGACUCCGAAUCAGAUUCAACCAACUCAGACCUUCCAGUGGCCGCAGCAGCAGCAGCAGUUCGGUCUGCCAGGGCCACGACAAACCCGACCGUUACGACGGGACUCCGCGAGCUUUUCUGUUCCGUUAGAGGGAGUCAGCUGUUUCUGUGCAAGCCAAACCUCUGACCCCACCAAUCGGUCAGAUGAAAGGAAGAAUCAUCACUGGUCGCUACGUGCCGCCGCGCCAUGUCUCGUUGUUCUAGCAGAAACUGGGCUAGGGGUCUCCUGUAAUAAUAGCUCCUACACAGUCUUCUACAUAUAGUUCUUCACCGGUUGGUGACAGGUGACGAAAAUCAUCAGCAGAGUUACUUAAACAAUAACAGACAAACAAAGAGCCAAACGAACACACGUUGUGGCCAAACAGAGCGCAGAUACAAAGAAGCAUUAGAAACGAAGAGAGCAGGCUGCAGAAUAUAGGGAAGCGUUAAUGGUCUCGUAAUCAUCCGACUGGACGAAGAAGUGUUACCGGCACUUUGAGUUUUGCCAUCGUGAACCUCUUGCGCACCGCACGUUGCGCCUAGGCUCAGCCCCAACCUAUAGGGUUCAGGAGGAAAAACGGUUGUGUUCGUUGUUUCAGUGGUUCCGGCUCUUCCUUCAGCAACUCAGACGAAUCUCGGCGUAAGGAAACACACGCUCCAAAGCUAUCCUGCUACAAAUUAAAGGAAAUAUGUCAUCGAGUAAGCCAAUAACAGUAACAAAACUCUCUUAAACGCUAGAGUAACAGUACCAAAUAACAAGACAAUAAACCGAAGCCAGCGUAAAACACAAGCGGAUUCGCGGCAAAGUGUUCCUUAGCUUCCAUUCGAUGUUCGCUGAUAUCGCUCAUCAAUACAAGUAAACAAGUUAUCUCGUCUUUGUUGCUUAGUAAGUUAGCCAUUUACUCUGUUGUUCGUGGUGCGUACGGUGAAGCGUUGCUAUAUUUAGUGGCAAAUUCAGGUAGUGGCGCUAGUUGUCAUCCUAAUAGCGAUUUUCGUGCAGUGUGUGACUCGAUUAGUUGAUAAUAGAAGUGGAGCUGGUGUUCAUGGCCGUCGAAAAGUAGCAAAGAAAAAAGGCUGGGUUUUUCGAACGGAAAACGCCGUAUCCGAAACGGCAUCUACAGCCGUAGAGCGCAAAUGCAGCCAUCAGGCGCAUUCUAAGCAAUAUAUCCAUUGUUCAUCGAUAUAAUUAUGUCGUAAUUGUUAUUUGGUGUCGCUAUUGUCGUCAACACGUUAUCGUUGUUGUGCUGGGGUGGGGAGUUCGGUGUUUGAUCCAGUCGUCUCAAGAUAUCAAAAAAUAGUGAUCGGGCAUCGUCUCGAGAGCGAUUACUCAAUUCAGUAAUUGAUUGAAAGUGAUUGUGUGCAAGUGAUUGGGAAGAAAGACGAAGUGGCCAACAGAAAAAAACAAAGAAGAACGGAAGAGAAAUUAAAUUUUCCGGUCUUAGCAGCAGAUGUAUAAGGGUCAGUCUUCUAGUCGUACAUGGUAAUUGUAGUGUGUGCCUAUAUUGUGUCGAUCGCGUUGGGCCUGGUUGAGGUUGUAAAAGAGAUAAUCGGUUGUCGUUUUGCGGUCUCGAUUUGUAUCGUUGUGUGUUGAGCCCGCAACGCAGAGUGAUGCGCCAUGAGUAGCUAUCAAUUUGUCAACAUGUACCCAAGCCCCAACCCGCAGGUAGCGGGAGGUGCCCGAGGGGGCGCUGGAGGGGGCGGUGAUGAUGGUGGCGGCCCGGGAGCGGCUCAGGGCAGCGGCGGCAAUGGAGGAACUCCGCAGCCGCCAGUAACGCCAGUUUCGCCGGCUGUCUCCGCUGAGGGGUACUACCAGUUCUACCAGGCGGCCGCCGGAAUGGGCGCUGUCGGGGGAGUCGGGGGGGUCGGUGUGGGUGGCGCUACUGGAGGCAAUGGACAACCAGCCACCAACCAGUUCCACUACCGCGGCAGUCAUGGCGAGCGGACAGACGCCGACGAGGUGACCACGGAUACCGAGGAUAAAAAGUACAUUAGUGACAAAUUUUGCGACAAGUUCGGAGAUAACAAGUUCCAGGCGUCCCCGCAGGACCUCUCAGCAUCAUCCACGCAAAGUCCAAGCAGCCCUGAGACGCGGUCUCCGUCUCCGGGCCUUACGUCCGCCGAGGAGCGAAAAUUUUCGACGGCACCUGCAGGUGGCGGCGGCAACUCUCAGCCACCUCAGAUCUACCCCUGGAUGCGAAAGGUUCACGUCGGUCAGAACGGCGUCAAUAGUAUGGGUGAGACGAAGCGACAACGGACGUCGUACACGCGUUACCAAACGCUCGAACUGGAAAAGGAGUUCCACUUUAACCGAUAUCUUACCCGCCGGCGGCGCAUUGAAAUCGCGCAUGCGCUCUGCCUUUCGGAACGGCAGAUCAAAAUUUGGUUUCAGAAUCGUCGUAUGAAAUGGAAGAAGGAACACAGGCUAGCGAACACCGUUCCGGCGCAAAUUGGUGGCCAUAUGAGUCCCAUGGCCUCCCUAAUGGGUUCGGGUGCCCUGCACGGCCAACAUCACUCAUCAUUACCACCCUCUCACCUCGUAAGUCAUUGCCUUGGAAGUACAUCAGCGAACGCGGCCGUGAUGGGACUCGCACCGCAGGCACAUCAGCAGACGCCUAAAAACUGGAAUCAAGGACCGCCGCAGCUAUUACCAUUCUAAUAAUUAUUAUAAUGAUCGUCACUAUUAUUACAAUUAUUAAGUAAGUCAUUAUUAUUCUUAUCAGUAGCGAAAAGUGUUUAGGUUUCUUUAUCAUAUUCUUCAAGAUUACUGGUAUUACUAAGACUGACUAUUCAUAACACAAUUGUCGACACACGUAUGCAUAAUGAUGAUUACUAAGUGAACUUGACUAGCUUGAUUCUGACGGAUAGAAUACCAUUACCACGGCCAUUUUACGUCUGCUACAACUACCGCUAUAAGCAUCAAGAGUAGCACCAAGCGCGUAACGGUUGUGGGUGAGCGGAAGAUUGGUAGCUCCAAAUGCCGGGGGUGAUUUUUGAACGAAACAACUACUGCGACACUGAGUCUGGCCGGCUACGAGUCACCUAGUAUGCGGCGAUAGGGUUCUUUUUAACGUAAUGGCUGCUGCAACGUUGUUAUAAGUUGGCUCAAACUAUUUACCGUGGCUCGUCACCUCACCUUCCCAUAGUGAGAGACAAAACGUGAGCGGAAGGGGCGGUCGGGGUGGCCAGGUGGAGCCCACGUUGAAUCAGAAGGUUCGAAGGACCGCGCUGUGUGCAUCGUCUCUCGUACAGAGUAUGAGGAUAGCGUAUGUCGACUCGGUGUCGCGUACGAUGCUGUCGCCAAUAGCGCUGGCGUCUGACUCUUUGACUAACCGUCCUUGUGCCGCUGCCUUGUCUUUGCUGUCUGGCCUUUUCAACAUUCAAUGUCUAGCCCGCAGGCCUCGCCUGCAUGUCUGCUGCUACUCAGCUGCAACGGCUUGCCCCCGCCUCUGGUUAUGCUGUACCCUUUUACGCAGCGUUCGAUAACAAUAUCGAGACCGAAAUACUGAAAAGUGGGACCACGACCCGAGCCAGCUAGCAAAUGACCGGAAUGGUCGUAAGGGAGUCGUGAGGGCGGUGGCAAUGGUGGCGGGUAUAGCACAGCCACCCCAAGCAACUGACGGACUCACACUGUGGGAAAAAGACAACGUUGUAGAGAGCCCAGUACGAUCGCUCACAGUGGCGCCUGCCUGCCUGCCUGCCUACCAUCCAAUGACCGAGCAAUCUACGUAAAUUCAAAUUGUUGAUCCGGUCGAAACCUCCCUGAAGGUAAUCGUAUAUAUGUAAGGAGAACGCGAGAGAAAACGAUGCUAGCGGCGUCGUGUAGUCGUGAGCCCUACCCAGAAUCUGACUCUAGACCUGAGAUAGUGCGUCACCUAGCCGACGUGUUUGCCUUAACAUUUCGGUCAUCGUUGCUUCACUCCUAAAAUUGUGCGACCCCCAUGACGGUGCAGUCGCAAGCUUGCUGCGUGUGUAUCAUACGUCAGCAUUCAAUCGUACGGUACAGGCAAGUGCUAUGACAGCGUAAACUAUAUCGUUGCUACGUCUCUACAAAACGCCUUCUGUACCCAGGCUAAACUUGAUUAUACCCCAUUAUAGUCCCCUCCAUUGCAUGCCAGGGUGGGCGGGGCAGUAGAGGGCAAGUAGAGUGCAUGACUGGGUCAACGAAAGCCCAAAGCCUCACUUGGACGUCAUUCCCGUGACCCAUGAAGCUCCGUGAAGUAUGUACCAGGGCAUAUUAGAAGUGCUAGAAGCACAUCGAGCGAUACCGAUACCGCGACCAUAAUUUGCACCAGGAUAACCUGUGUCGGCAACAUUUAACGCCCCAACAAAUUCGAAAGGCACCAUCCGAAAAAAAUCCAAAAUUGUAAUUAGCCUCCUUGUAUUAGGUCGAUGUUGAUUUUGAGGUUUAUUAAAAGUAAUUUAGAAAACUACGUUAUACGAGUGAUCAAGAUUAAUAUUUGGUUCUUCGAGUGACGGCAUAAAAAUUGAAAAAGUUACUCAGCCGUCAACCAAGUUGCCCAAGUUCAUAAGUGUCAACAGUGUAUUAUCUAUAAUUCGAAUCACGUACAAAAUAAUAUAUAAAUAAAGACAAAGGAAAUAAAUGAACGAAAGUUUAUCUCUGAAACAGCAGUCAUUUGCUAAUCUGAUUGAACGAAAGCGAAGCCAUAUGAAGUACGGUCGGUAAGCUGUGUCGGAGGUGAAGUACGGGGGUAAUAAAGUCAACAGCUAUAAACAAGCUCUACGCCUCAAUAUAAUGAUAGAUUGGUUUUAUUGCAUCGCUGCGCAUGUAAGUCCCCUUACACGCAUAUGAAUCAUUACAAACAAGUGCACACAGAAAUUAGACUUGUAAAAACCAAACUUUGAUACAAGCAUAAUCCUAUCUGAGAAUUUGGAUUGUUGAGGCUUCAGUUGAACGAAAAACCGUACGAGUUAGGUAUUCCGACGCAAAAAAGCUUCGAUUAUGACUGCUUCCAGUGAAUUUUAUUCUAAUUCAACUUUAGCUCGACGUGAAAAUUCGUCAGCCAUAGAUGAUAUGGCGUAGGCCUCAAACCCUUUGUGUCUAAUUUUAAGCACAGGACACUUCACGCAAUAGAACACAGUUAGAAAUGGAUGAUCUUUCCAAGGAAGGAUGCGGUCUGUACGUUAGAAAUAUACGGUUGUGGAUAAAACGGUGUUGGGUAUGACAAUUAUUAUCAACGUAUUGUUGCCCUUUAGCCUAGCCAAUGGUAACUAAUCGUAUAAGAGCUAUGCCUGUAUCCUUAGGCAUACCACUCUGCCAAACUUUCAGCGGCAUAUGGGUUUCUUUACUUCGCAAAGGCUACCGGCCGGAAAAGGCAAAGGAUUUUCUGCCCUUGAAGGAAUAACAGGGUGCAGCGGGGAACGCGGGCCAGCUAACGCAAUUCCGGUGAUAUCAUCAUAAACGUCUCACAAAAGCCCACCGAACCGCCCACCUACAAACCCACUGAUAUCGAAUGAUCCCAGUGGCAUCGAUGCAAAAAAGGCUAUGGAGAAAAAUAGACGACAGAGGCGACCCACAUAGCGAUGCAUUCGUAACCUUCAGAGGGUCCCAAAGGUUCUGCAGCCUCGAAGGAUCGGCCCGCCUUGCAUGAGCUGGUCCACAGGAACAGUAUCGCUAGCUGGCUGUUUGCCCGAACGUAUAACAAAUACUAUUUGAUUUCUCCCAUAUCCUUAACUCCGUCAGUUCUGCUGCGCCGAUGACGGAGCGUCAAGACGGCUGACGCGGCUCCGAAGUGACGGUAGCGCAUCGUGCAGGACGACAGCGGCAAUAGCAUCGGAAGCGGUGUCGGCGGCAGUGACAGCUCCCAUGAAACUGAAUAGAAUGAAUCGUGCGCCAUCUGUAAAGAAAUGUAUCAUAGCAAAGUGGAAAAUCGUGUAAAAGCACAAGACGAGCGAGAGAAACCGGCAGAAAAGAGUGAACGGAAAGUGUAAUAGAACAUGAACGUAUGAUGCACGUGUGACAGUGAGUGAAGCAAUGAUCGUCUGUGGUUGAUUGGUCGAUUAUUUAAUCGAUUGAUUAGUUGAUUAAUUAAUGAUUGAUUUACCAACUCAUUGAUAAAAUCUUCAUAUUGAAUGAUUUAUUACUAUUGAUUAGGCUGAGGUGUGGUUCGGUAGCCGACAGAAAUCAGUGGGCAAGAUGAUCUGCUUAGCUUCCAAUGGCUAGUGAUUGAUCGAUGAAGUAAGAUGACAUUUAGGGCUCAUUGACUAAGUAGUACAUCAAUCGUUGACGUUCGUGAUGUUAGGUUGAUGCAGAAAUAAAAAAAAUCCGGUAAAAACUAUUCUUUUCAGCACUUAUGUGUGUGUGUGUGUGUGUGUUCAGUACAUUAUUAUUUAUUUUAACAUAAUGUUUGGUAUACAUAACGCUUUUUGUGGAUGGGAGGAAAGCUUACGGACUGCGUGUAAGGAUCGUGCCAUAACAUGAAGGUGAUGGGCUACAGUUGGUUCUAACUCGUAACAUUUAAUUAAUUAUUUUGCUUCUUUUAUCGUCGGUGAUAUGUUUGUAGUUUUUCCAGUUUUUUUUUUUUAAUUGGGCAUAAAGACACCUGCACAUAAUCGCAUUGCGACACACUAUGAACAAUGACAGAGCGAUGGGAGCAAAACGGAUCGUGGUAAGAUGAUGAUAAUGAUCACUAUCUAUUAUUGUCGAUGCCUAUAACUUGAUUUAGUAAGAUAAUUUGCGGCUGAUCCUAAGGUGGAAAAGGGACGCCGAAAAAUCUUCCGCAUAGGAUAUAGAUUAAAUUAUGUAAUUAUAAAUGUGGUAACUUCUGUUGGUUAAUAAUAACGAUAUGCACAUUGACUAGCAUCACACAAAUACACACGAGAAGACACAGGUAUACAGAUACGUCUACGCCCACACAAACACAUGCUCCCAACUCGAUACCAAUCAACGCAAGGGGGCAGUAAUGACGAACGCCACGAUGGAGUAGUGCUCAGAAAAAUUAUAAUAAUAAUAUCCAUAACAAUGAUCACAACAAUUAUAGACCGUUAGGUACAUUCAAAAUAACGACAGAGUAUGUAAAUGAAUGGAUGAAUUCAGAAGAAGGCUUGCCGCCGUACGCCACCCAAACCAGUAAAGUCUCAAAAGGUGACAGGUGAACGCACAACAUGAGAAUUAUGUGACAAGAUCCACAAUAACUAAAAAUCAAGCGAUAAACGCAGGCGUAAAAUUGCUGAACGUAAAUGUCUACCUUCACCAUAGGUAUUCAUUUUCACAGUUGAGGGCGAGAUUAAAUCCAACGCUCGUUUGUCAAGAGUGCCAUAAAAUCGUUGGUUUAUACGUGCUAUACACAACGCGCGUUCUUACCCAGUACGCGCCACCAGCUCCAGCUGGAAGCAGCGUUCGCUUAAGCGAGCUCAAAAAGGUCAUCUAAGCACGUUACCGGCCUAUAAAUCGAAAACCUGCAUACCUAAUAGCCUGCUUGGCUAUACGCGUUACAAGUGUGCAAAAACCGCCACCUAUACAAACCCUUUACGAAUGAGGAGUAUGAGCGUGUCGUGUAAAUAUAUCAGUAGAGAGGCGGAUAGAUAGACAGACACAUUUACGGGCGAGCAUAAACAUACAUUAAAGCAUAUAAACCAUAUACGGUAACCAUUAACAUUCGGUAUAACUAAGGCAUAUAUAAAUGCACCUUUGUAUACAGAGGAGGGAUGACACUGCACGACUCACUCCGGACAUGAUUUCGUCAGGAUCUCAUUUGAGCUGCUUGUUCCCGUUCCGAUAAGAAUCAGUGACUCAGGCCUGUGAUCCUCUGGCCGCGCCGAUCAUGUGUUCCCACUCUUCCAUACACUGUGUAUAAGGACACAUCUCCAACAUGAGCAUCCCUGUAAAUCGUCAGAUCAUAUAUACACACACACUCAAAUAUAUAUAUAUAUGUAUAUAUAGUCAUUAUGGAGCUAAACUGUACGUACGGAAAAACGCGCCGCGUAGAGGAUAAUGUCAGCGACUUGGAAAAUGAAGGGGAGCAAUCGUAUUCCAGUGACAGCGGGCCUAUCGUUUUCGAUUCAUUGCUAAUGAUAAGCAGUUAUUUAACUGGAUACGAGUUAAAAAUAAUUUUUUCUUUGGCGAUCGGUGCAAUUCUCCGAAUGUUUUAGUCGAAUAUUAAGGCAUGCCAUGCACCAAGGCUUACAGGCACAUAGACUUUUGUGCGGAUGGUGCUGACGAUCAUGACUAAUUGAAAACUCGUGGAACCCAGCACUCGUGCUGCAGAUUCUGUCUGGAAACACUAGUGAUGAUACACAUCAGGCAUCUUAGGCGUUCAGUUCAGGUCUCUGAAAUCUACCACGUUGUUAUGGCAGUGAUUGAAUUUUCCAGAUAGGCAUCAACAAUACGGCAAAUGUUAGCACUCAACUAUCUAUUUCCUAUUAUUCCAAGUAGAAGGAAAAGUGAAGGACCCUUUACGAUAUAUUGAUACAUAGUCAUUGGCGAUCCGUCGAAUAAGAGUCACCACAACGGGGCGACUUUAUAGCCCCGUCAAAAUAAUGGAAAAGCUACACAUUGGAAAAAUCUCUCUCUCUCUAUGUCUAUAUAUAUAUAUAUAUAUAUAUAUAUAUAUAUAUAUAUAUAUAUAUAUAUAUAUAAGUGUGCAAGUAGAGCUCUAUACAUACGAUACAAUUGCGACAAGAUUGGAGAAACGUAAGAGAUACAUGCAGGAGGCAUUUGACAAAGGUGAAGAAGCUUCUGAGAGACAAAGAAGCUCUUGUAGAAAAGCUAAAUAGAUAAAAUGAUUAACUGGAAUAAAUGGGCUGGCUAACAAGGCAAAGCCAAACAAGUGUAGUUAUUAUAGUCACCUAUGUACCUAUAUGAGCAUAUAUAUAUAUAUAUAAUAUAAAUAUUACACAGAACGGAAUAUAUAUAGAGCAAAUAUAGGAAAUAUUGAAUACGGAUAUAUAUAUAUAUAUAUAUAUAUAUAUACAGACAAACUUACAUAUAUGAACAUAUAGAGAUGUCAAAUCCAAAUAAACACAUCUUGGGGUCUAAGUAAAGUAUGGUGAUGAGAUGAACUAUAUAUAUAUAUAUAUAUAUAUAUAAAUUAAUCUAAAUAAGGUCGCUAUAGCUUCCAUAGGGAAGGUAUGAUGAGAAGCCUAAGGCAUAAGGUUCAUAAAGUCGAGAACAUCUGUGUCUAUAUAAUGGUGUGAGCUUUCGCUUGAUGACGACGUGACUGGGCACCGAUUUCGGCUCCAAUAGCUCAUAACGGCAGCGGCAGAGUGCGAGUGCGUUCGACACGUAAAUAUAAUCGUCUAGUAUAAUAAUUAUGAUAAUAAAAAGCUGGGCUACGAAUAGCCUUGAGGGUCGUAAUCUUUCUAAACUACUGUUGCACCUCAACCCACCUAACGCGGUGCAUCACUUAAGGCAACAGUGCCCGAAGGCCAAUCUUAUCAGGACCAUGAAUGAGGCUGUUACAAACUGUUACAGCUGAAAAUAAGCGUAAAGGCGACGUGAGGCGAACACGGAAUUACCAUUAUAUGUAAAAGAGAAACAACAAACACUGAGAAUAGCUUUCUUCAAUGUGUAAGAAAAGUAUUGCAUCUGGCUGCGCAGUCCGAGUCACGAUAUGAAACGGACGGCUUCAAACGAAAUGUGUUAUAUGAACGAUGUGAGAAAAUGGCCUUCGAUCACGCCGAUCUGUCGCAGGAACAACUAUUAUAUGAUAAUAGGACAUGCCGCUGCCUGUCAGUACACAGAUGGUGACGGCGCGUUGGAAAAGUUAAUAAACAGGUGCCAUCGGAAUGAAUAUAUAAUGUGAAAUGUGUGUAACAACACAGGACAAAUAUGAAAACGUGUGAAAUAACAACAAUGAUUAUUAAUAUAAUAAUAAUAAUAAUAAUAAAAAAGCAACAAAACGACAGUCUUCAUCAAUUCGUUUCACUUAGAAGAAGAUCAUAGAUGAUAACGAGUAAUUAGUAUGUGCUAAUUCUAAAUCAUGAAUAGCAUUACCAUAAAAAGUAAUAAUGGCAAGUGGAAUGGAGCUCUUGUAUAUCGUCGAUGAGACAAAAACAUACUAAAUAUCUGGGGAAUGGAAAUAUAAACAACGCAGAUGUAAGGCGAUGUGCAAAAACACCGAUAAUAAAAUAAUAGUAAUAGUAACACUAUUGAUAAAAAGACAACAGUAUAAUAAAUAAUAGAACGAACAUACACAAACACACACACACACACACACACGCACACGCACCCACACACACACACACACACACACACAACAACCGUGUGAAGUUGAA